GAUGCUCCCUAUUCUUCUGCGUGUUGGUGAACUAAUGAGAUUCAUGUAAAUUCAUUCUGUACACUUCUUGUCAAACCCUCCAAUUCCAUCCUCGUACCAAUUAUCAAAUUUAAUCGACGGGUUGCUGCAUGAACUGUUCCACAAAUCCGUCAAUAUUUACCUCCCGGUCAUCGUUAUAAACGGAUAUUGCUCAACGGGAUUACGUUGGAAAGUCGAGGUCAAAUGUCGCAAUCAAGCUCUCGUCGACAGUCGCGUUUUAAAAUUCAUGAAGAUUCCAACUCUCUAAAUGAUAUGGUUGAAAAUAAAGAUAUUAAAGAAGUGGACAGGGAGAAUGCGACAAGUGAGGGGAACGAUAUUGGGGAUGUAGUGUCUCAGUUGGAGGAUCGACAAGGGAAAACAGAGGACAGCUUGGAUAUGGAGGAAUCUGAAAUGGGAGAAGAUUCCAUACUGGAUCAAGAGUUACCAGAGUUACAAAAGGACGAUUCGAUACUCGCAGACACAGAAACGAAACACAACGAACAUGAUGAAUGCGAAGACUGCGGAGACUGCAAACACGCAAGAGAGGAGAAGCAAAAGCGGACAGAAGCAAGGGAACUGCAGAUGCGGCGAAUCGAUGCGGAAAUCAAGGACGCAGCACGAAAAGUUUUAGAGAGCAUUGAAAAGAAGGAUCCCACGAAGAGUACGUCCACGGAUGAGUACAACGAUUUGAUUCUUAGCACACAAACGGCAGAAAGUUAUGAGCCAGAAGAUCAUGAUGAUUCUCUUUCAAGUGCAGGAACCGACGAGAGCUACGAAAGAAAUUCAUACAACGGGCAAGAUGAAACGGAAUUAACAUAUGAUACCACAAACGAUACGUUGGAGAACGAAGAAGACGCGGAGGAUGAGGACAGCAUUAUUCACUACGAUUUUUCUAGUACCGAUGCCGAAACAGAGCGUGGGGAUUAUGACAUGGAAAGGAGAGACAGUAGCUCACGUUAUGGAGAUGUCGAAGACGAUAUUUUCAGUGAUGAUUCUGACAAGAGUCCUCGAUUAUCAAUAGGUUCUGCUGAGGAGGAACCCAGUAAAGUGAGCCUGAGCAAUCGAAACUCAUGGCAAUCAAAUCGACAUCCUGAUUUAAGUAAAGAAGCUCAUCAAUUGGUUGAACUCAAUUCACCAGUUGUUGGUGAAGAAGCUGGUACAGAAUCUAUCAUCUCAAGAAUUCCUAGCGGUAGUUCUCAUUCUCGUACGUCUGCACCAAGAGCAAGGGAGUCAUCGUGCAGUCCGAGAAAAGUACCGCGUCAUCCAUUCCGCACGCCAUCAGAUAUAAGGGCGAUGCAAAUGUAUUCACCUGCUCCUUCGCUUUUUUCCACCCCUUAUUCAGUAAAACGACAACAAAAUCCUACGGUUUCUCGUCUUGGCACUCCAACUGGUUCUCAAUUCUCUAAAAGUCGUACGCCAACUCGUUUCAAGAAAACUAGAGAAGAGUCCUCUCUUGUACUUCUCCAUGUUACCGUUCUUCCAUUGCAAUGGCAGUACGCCAAAGCUGUCCUCGCUCCAGAACUUCCUGCAAAUCUUUACAGUAUUCGUGAGGCAUAUUAUCUUCUACAAGAAAAACUUAGCGAAACCAUACUAACUCGUGGAAUAUUACUUCCUCAUCCACAAGAUAGUUAUGAAUGUCUUCAAGAGCGUUUUCUUGAUGCUUUAGAACUUCCAGUCCGCCCCCGAGCUAAAAUCCUCCGGUGUGGACAUUAUAUGGGUCCUAACACCACAUCCUCUGACGAUGACUCCCCGGACGAGAGGGAUAGUGGAUUUGGUAGUACUGGAAGAUUGAGACCGAGACCUGAGAAGAUCUGGUGCGACAUUUGUCGCAGAGACGUCAGAUACGAAGAUGAUGAUCAAGAUGAAGAUGAUAAAAGAUUCAACGUCAAAAUCUUCGCAAGCAACGGCUUAAUGAGAGCUGGUGCCUGGGCAGCCGCAUGGCGAGAAAUGGAAAGAGUAGAUAUUGAAAUUGAACCAUUUAUUCAACCAUGGAUGGUUGAAGAUAUGGAGGAUUUAAUCGAGAGACUAAGGGAAGCCGAAGAAAGAGAUGAGGAUAGCUAUGGGCUUUAUUCGGAUGAUUCGAGUAGAGAAAGUUUAGGAUCAGAAGCCCAGAGGUUACAUGAGCGGGGGAUGGACAAAGUUACAUUGAGACAGAAGAGAGGGGGCAUGGAAGAAAGGAUUCAACGAAACGAAUGGUUAGCUGCUACUUCUAAGGCUGCGGAAGAGGAAGCGGAGAAAUUCGCGAAGGAGGCUGAAGCCUUAAGAUUGAGAGAAGAGGAGUUGGCGAUAGAUAAAGAGGAAGAAGCUAGACGGGUUGAAGAAGAAGCUGAAAUCUUGCGACUCCAAAAGGAAUCUGAAGCAGCUCAGAGAGCGGAGGAAGAAGCUGAAAAGCUUCAUGUUGAAGCGGAAACUUUGAGAGUUCAGGAAGAAAAGGCUGAGAAACUACGAAUUGAAGCUGAAGCUGAAGUUACACGGCUUGCGGAAGAAGUGGAGAGAGCCCGAGAAUCCACUGACCUUGAUCUCGGGUCACUGAAACGUAACGAUGAAGACCAAGCCGCCAAAGAGCUAGAGGCAGAAGCCCAAAGACUUCAUGAAGAAGAAAUGGCAUUGGAAGCAGAAGCACAGCGUAUUUUUGAGACAGAGCUUGCAGAACAGAGGGUUCAUGAGGAACGAGCUAGGGAGAUUAAGGAGGAAGAAGAGAUUUUGAGGAAAGCUAAAGAGGAAGAACAGAAACUCGCAGAAGAGGAAAAGGAGGCGGAAGAAACGAGAUUAAGGGACAUCUAUGAGAAAGCAUCAACCCGAAAUGAAACACCACUGUUUCCUUCUACUUCCACUCCUACUUCGAAACAAAAAACUCGUACGAGGACUGUAGAAGGAGAUGAAACACUCACGGAACUCCUAGUCAAAGCAGCAGGUGUAGCGAUGCGCGAUCGGAAAAAUAUACUCAUCUUAGUUCUUAGCGUGGUAGUGCUAAUUCUCGCGCUGAAACCAACUUCAACUCAAGAAAUUGAAAAGAGAUCUGUACCGGAUAUUAUUAUCCAGAACCAUAGGUAUGAAGUUGGUCAGAGUGUCAAUCAGAGAGGCUAUACUGCUUCUGAGAGUAUCUUGCCCAUGAGUGACAUUGAAAGUUCAAUUGAGUGGAAGGGACAGGGAAGGGAUGUGGUCAUCACGAGCUCAGCGCCGGCUGUAGUACAGGGCGAGACCAUCGGGGCAGCAAAUAGGGGGGGAAGAUUGGAGAUUGAUGCUCCUGUUCCGAAGGAGAUUAAGAAACCUCUUCAAAUCAGUGCACCUGAGACAGCGAAUCUUCAGACGGCGAAAGGGAAGAGGCCAGCUUUGAAGAUUGAAACGGAGGUUGAGGAAACUGUGUCAAAAGAUACUCCAACCUUCGAUUCUCCCUCAGAUACAAGUUUUGGAACCGCAAAUUUGCCAGCAACAGAUUCAAAACCUCAAGAGGAGAAUCCAAUUAUCGACAGUAAUACCGAGUUAUGAAUCGGUAGAAUAACAACAGAAUGAAGAAGGAUAAGUGAAUAAUGAUGUGGUUCAUUUGAUACAGACAGAAUAUGUUCAGAUACCUGGCUAUGAGUAUUGCAAGCGCGUGCAUUGUUGGAGUAAUUAUGUAGCAAAUGAAUGAAUGAGCGAUUAUGUUGGUUGGUUGGAUUUUUAUGUGAUGAUACGGUUAUAGUUAUGUUUGUUUGGAAAUUUGGAUAGAAUUUAGGAUUCUUACGCUCUUUUUUUUGGGUCUUGGCUUGGCUUGGAUGAAGGCGUGUGUAUAUGACAUUGAUGAUUGAUCGGGUUUCUUCCGGCAGAGCAUUUGUCGGUGAUAUUUGGAACUUGAGAAAUGGAUGAAGUUGGAAAUUUUAUCACGGAGAAUGAUAAAAGGGAAGGGUGAGGGUGGUGUGGCUGUAUAUAUCGUUCUAAUCGUUGUUUUGAUGAGUGAGUGAAUGUAGUUGAUAGGCUAGGAUAGGAUAGAAUCGAUAGAUAGAUAGAAAAAUGAAACUA